AUGGCGACAUCUCCACCUUUGUCGCAACGACACCAUCACCACCGGCUAUCGCCCUCUUUCACCGACUCCGCGAUUGACGUCGAGCUCAGCGAACCCGGUCGAACCGAGCAGUCGGAGCAGUCGGAGCAGUCGCAUGUUGAUGAUGAUGAUGAUGAGCUCGAAACUCGCCUGGCGCGCAUUGCGCAACUCGCCGCGGCGCAGGAUUCGUUUCGCGGGCUGGAUGGAGACGGGCGCGCGGCGGUCGAGAGAUAUCUGGAUGGAUUGGAGGGGCAAUUGCUUGAUCCGCGACCGCAAAUUACGCGCGAAAUAGCCAAGAACAGGCCCGUUAGCAGAAGUGCAAGUAAUAAUAGUCCGACGACUACCGAGGCUGGGACGGGGACGGUUACGCCGACUGCUAUUAUUCCUCAUACGACGACGACGCGCCGGCGAAAAGAUGAGAAUCGGGCCAUGGAGCAGACGUCGCUUGACCUGACGGCGCUUCUGGAAGAGCUGUCAACUGUCAAUGCCGAGCUGCAGCAGCGCCGCGUCGAGGCUUGUCAUAUCCAUGAUCUUUUCACUAGCAAGUGCGAGGGCAUGGCACAGCGAAUCAUUGAACUGGACCACGAGAUACAUGAACUGAGAUCCGAUAUAGUCGAAGAUACGAUAGAGCUCGAGGGUCUUCGUGGGACGGUUCGAGGACUGGAAAGUUGGAUUGGCCGGUGGCAACGCCAGCGAGAUAUUACUAUCAACUCUUCUUCUUCUCCUUCUCCGUCUCAGUCACGAAGUAGAUGGAAACGGAAGAAACAACAUGCACCCCAGGAAGCCGAGGACGAAAACGAGAACGAUUUCGACACCCUGUUAGACGGCAUCUCGGCGUGGAUGCGCGGAUGGAAUGAUGUAGAAGAAGGGUUUCGCGUGCGCGCUCGAAGGCGAAAGCUGCGACGAGAACGACAGUUCAAUCCAAUCCAGCGCUAG